GAGGCGGACCUGGAGCAGACCAUCAAGGAGCUCGCGGAGAAGAUGGCCGUGACGAGGGAGGAGGCGGCGCAGGUCCAGUCGCAGAUGAAGCGCUUGUCGGAGAUCCGCGAGGCGGAAAACGCCGACUUCCAGGAGGUGGUGCAGGACGGGGAGGGGCGCGGCGGCGCACCCGUGCCGCUCCUGGCCAGCUCCGUGCCGGGCCUGGGCUCG